UCCCUGUCUGCACAGCCUUUACCAUGGAGACCUUUGUGCUGUUAUCGCUGCUGCUGGCGUUCGGAUGUGUGACCAUCAACAGUGCACCGGUGGAACAUGGUGGCAUUGAGCCGGGCUCAUGUGAAGACGCAUCAACUAAGGCAGCUGCUGAACUGGCUCUUACCAAGAUCAACCAGGACCGGAAGGAGGGCUACAUCUUCGGCCUGCACCGCAUGUCCAACGCCCACAUAAAGAAGCAUGGAGAGAACGGUGUGGUCUUCUACCUGACUCUGGAUGUUGUGGAGACCAACUGCAGUGUUCUCAGCAAGAAGGACUGGAAGAGCUGUGACAUCCGUCCAGAUGAAUUCACGAAGGUAUAUGGUCAGUGCAAAGCUGCCAUCUUCAUCAAUAAGGUGCACAGAGUGGUGCGUCUCUACAAAUAUAACUGUGCUGUCAGACCAGGUGGCAUGCCUGAGGGUUGUGGCGGCUGUCUAGUUUUAACUGACCAUGAUGACGAUGGCAUUCAGAAGGCCGUGUCCAGGUCUCUAGAGAAGUUUAAUAAGGAGAGCGGGUUGGCCAAGCGUUUCGCUCUGCUCCAAAUCUCCCAUGCUACUGCACAGGUUGUUGCGGGUAUUAUUUACCGUGUAGAAUACACCAUCCAGGAGACCACCUGCCCCCACAAUGCAGAAGCAGUGACAGCUGAGAGGUGCCCUCACAUGGACUGCGAGUUUGCUCACAAGGGCUUCUGUAAGGCAACCCACAUACGGAGUGUCACUGGUGAGAAUAUUGAUGUAGACUGUGAGAUCUAUGAGCCUGAGGCUGCUGAGAGAGAGAAGAAGCUCCACCUGCUGGGCGGUCAAGAUGCAGAUGCAGAUCAAAUACAACUGGCUCCCGGCCACAACCACAGUCACCUGCACGAGCACGAGCACGGGCACCACCAUCAGCUGGGGCAAGAACCCGCACCCCACAAUCAACCACAGGGCAUGUUUAUGAGGCUGAUAGAACUUGGCCAGCCCUUGACCCAGCAUACCUUCCCUACCAGUGCCCCUGAGGUUGGACUCAUUCUCCCUCUUAGGCCCGACCCCCAGAUUCCCGGGCAAAUGGAACCCACCAUCAAGGCCUUCCCAACCUCGGUCUCAGCCCAGUGCCCCAACACAAAUGGAAAGUAUCAAGAAGUGGAGGAACUCUUUGCAAAAGACCCCACUUUCAAGUCAGCUGCAUGAGUGUAAUGAAAUUUCAUUGAAUACACGACUGAAUACAUGACUGCUCACCUUUCCUGUCACUGUAAUAAAGACAGUGUGCAAAAACACAUUGUUCAACCUUU